UCGCGUGAAAAGUAUUAUUGAACUUUCUUAAAUAUCGCUAUUUGACAUUAUUAUUGAAUCGAUGUGGCGAUAUUAUGCUCAUCUCUAUCACGGACAUCGAUAUAUCGCAGUGUUUUCUUAUAUCGCUGUGGAUAUCAAAUUUUAAGAAGUGUUAAAAUGUAAAUUUCAACAUGUUUACAUGUAAAAACGAUAUAAACGCAAAGUGAAUGGUGUGUGCGCAAACAAAUUGCAGACGCAGCAAUAGCGAAAGCUGCAACAACAACAACAAUAACGAUAACAGACAACAAACAGCAAAAGCGAGAUUAUAGAAAGACCAGGAGAAGAAGAAGUGAAAUUGUGUCGUUUUGUUGUGGCUGCGGUACAGAAUGGAACAGGAUUCCACAACUGAGCUCCAUCAUUUGAGCAGAAUACGUGAAGUGUCCGGGUUAACAGAAGAUGUGCGUGAUGUUGUGAAAGAAGAGGUCAUAUUAGAGAAUCACCAUCAUCAGUUGGAUACGAAAGUUCGCAUGGUCACAUCCUCCUCAAACGACAACAGCGGUAGCGGCGGUGUAUCAGUAUCGGUGCCCUCGGUACAACUGCCCAUCGGUUCGAUGAUAACUGGCACGGCAUUUAAUGUGAUUACGCCUGAUCAGCUUCCACAUUUUAAGCCGAUGCUGUGCGUCGACAACAAUGGUUACCUGUCCAGCAGCACGGUCAGCAUGGGCGGUGACCUCAAAACAAUUGUCAUACAACAACAGCAGCAGACACAGACAAGCGGCAACAGCAGUGUUGGUAACACCAACUCCGCCGCAACAAAUACCAUUGGACUGAAUCACGAUGGCUCUGGAAGCAACAAUAGCCACGAUAGCAUGGGCACGCUCGACCAUGCGGCAGGUGGCGGUGGCGGCGGUGGGAAUACAACUGGCUCAACGGGUUGGGCGGAGACCACGUCUAGCACACAGCUCAUGGAGGUCUUCCCGAUACGCUGCAAAACCACCUCCGCAGAAUUGUAUCGCAGCAAGCUCGGCUCCGGUGGCCGUGGACGCUGCGUCAAGUACAAAGACAAAUGGCAUACGCCAAGCGAGUUUGAGCAUGUCUGUGGUCGCGGCUCCAGCAAGGACUGGAAGCGUUCCAUUAAGUACGGCGGCAAGUCGUUGCAGUCUCUUAUCGAUGAGGGCACACUAACGCCGCAUGCAACCAAUUGCAGUUGCACUGUCUGCUGUGAUGACGAAGCAGGUGAGUCAGCCUCCGGUCCUGUGCGUCUAUUCACGCCGUAUAAGCGACGAAAGCGGAAUCAAACAGAUCUCGAUGUGGAGCCGGGGCCCAAGCGCAAACGCAAUACGCAUAGCCACAGUAAUAAUAACAACAACAAUAAUAGCAACACCAACAACAACAAUACAAGUGGCAACAGCAUGAACAGCAACAAUGUUGAUCAAACGCAGGCAGCGACAGCCAGCGUUGUGGAUGAGAGUAAUAUGUUUUUAGCCGAGGAAAACAUCACGUCCAAGGACGAGCCAUGGGCGACUCUGAAUGAUAGCUUAGACACCUCCACCGAGCUGGUUGACCAGACGCAAAUGGGCAAUCCCUACGAUCGUGAAACGUUUGUAGUUAAUAUCAAUGAUACGGGCUCCAUUGCAGUGCUGGACAGCAGUCAAUCGAUGAAAAAUAUCGAACAUGUCUACUGCACAAUGGUGAAGGCCACGCACGAUUUUAAACGCCUGCUCAAUGAAAUGAAGCAAAACUACGAGCGACGCCUCGAAGUGCUGCAGAAAGAGCGCGAUGCGGCGGUCAGUGCAAUGCGUGUCCAAGUGCAUGCGGACAUUGAUGAUCCCAAUAUAUCAGGCUCACUGCACGGCAACGAGAUCAUAUCGGCGAAGAAAUGCGCCAAUUGCAAUCGGGAGGCACUGGCAGAGUGUUCGCUGUGUCGAAAGACACCGUAUUGCUCGGAGUUCUGCCAGCGCAAGGAUUGGAAUGCUCAUCAGGUGGAGUGCGCAAGAAAUCCACAGACAACAACGCAACAGGUCAUGUUAUUGAUCGAUGAUCAGUCCUAAGCAACGUAACGAAUUGUACAUACAUACAAAUUUUACUACUAAUUAUUAUACAUAUAUAUAAUACAUAUAUGAUUAAAGAAAUGAGCCCCCCGGUUUGUUCCGUUUCCCGUUCCAGCGCCGCACGCAAGCGAAACCCCAACACCCUUCCCAGCCUCUAGUAAUCCUUAGUAAGCCUAACCCUUAGUUUUAUGUCCUAUAAUUAAAAUAAUGUAAUUCUU